UCUUGUUUUACGGGAGAAAUACGGAGCCUUUUCUGUUCCGCUCCUAGUCUAUCUGUUUUCCAGCCACGAACUAUCUCUCUCCCUCGUGCUGUUCAUCUGUGCGAGGCGUCUCUCGAAAUCUGGAUUGCCCUCGUGCGUUUCUCAAUUGAGGACUUUUGGAAUUUCGCACAAUCUUUACCGAAAUCUCAAGGAUUUGCGCAUUUUCUGAAUUGGGUCUUUUCUCCAAGCAGGUGCAUAAUGACCACCUCUGCAGCGUCCAUGCUGCUGGACUUGGCGCCCGCGCUGUCCUCGUUGAACAUCUCGACGUCAGCCUCAGCAGCUGCCCGCAAGCCUGCGUCGCUAAACUCGUCAGUUAGCUUCCGAGGGAACUGGAACGGGCUGAGGGCUGGAGGAGUGCAGGUGGGGGGCGCCAGCACGUGGAGGAGUUUGAAGAAGGAGUUGGGGGUCAGGGUUCGUGUCUGUGCUGUUGCGGAGCUUUUCGAGUCGGAGGUUUUGGGCACUGAUGAGGAGGAGGGAUCUGCCGAGGAGGCGCCCGUGAAGACUGUUAAACCGAAGACUGGAAAGAGGGCUUUGAUCUUGAAGAGCGACAGAACAAGGUCAAAGAGGUAUCUGGAGAUUCAGAAGCUAAGGGAAAAGAAAAAGGAGUAUGAUCCCGACACUGCAGUCCGGCUGCUGAAGGACACAGCCAGUCUCAAAUUCGUCGAAACUGUAGAGGCCCAUUUCCGCCUGAACAUCGACCCUAAGUACACAGAUCAGCAGUUGCGUGCUACAGUAUCUUUGCCGAAAGGAACAGGACAAACUAUUAGAGUUGCCGUUCUUACCCAGGGUGAGAAGCAACAGGAGGCAAAAAAUGCUGGUGCUGAUUUUGUAGGAGCUGACGAUUUAAUUGACGAGAUCGCCCGUGGUAUGAUGGACUUCGACAAGCUCAUUGCUACUCCAGACAUGAUGCCUAAGGUUGCAAGGCUUGGAAGACUUCUAGGUCCAAGGGGUCUGAUGCCUAACCCAAAGGCUGGAACUGUUACCGUUGACGUUACCUCUGCAAUUGGAGAAUUCAAGGCUGGAAAGGUAGAGUACCGAGCAGACAAGACUGGAAUUGUCCACGUAUUGUUUGGAAAGUCCGAUUUCUCAGCAGAAGAUCUCUUGCUCAAUCUAGUGGCUGUUGCGAACUCUGUGGACGCAAACAGGCCCUCAGGAGCGAAGGGUGUGUAUUGGAAGUCAGCUCACAUUUGCACGACCAUGGGCCCCUCCAUCCGCCUCAACGUGCCUGAGCUGAGGGACCACAAGAUCACAGCUACAGACUAAUAAAUCCCUUGUUUAGUUCACCUCGUACUAGUCGCAUUAGGCUCUACAUUUAUUAGGUGGAGUAAAACUCGUGUACACACACACAUACACACACAAAAUUUGUGCUUAUGACCCUCUGCCUGUGUCCCCCUUAAGAUACUAGCAAUUCCUGCUAUCUUACUUGAACUCGAACCACAAUAUAUAGAGGUAGGAUCAGAGGUCGUGUCCUUUUUCGCACCAUCGAGCAUCGGUCUGGAAUGAAAUGCAAGGAGUUGGAGGUGGUGCACACCGUGUGGCUUUGCCUGAUAUUGUUGCACGCCCGCCCAUGUUUUAUCCAGAUUCACGUAGUUAUCAUUCUCUUGGAAUCAUGAUGCUACUACUCCAA